UGUCAUGGCGGGGCGGCGCUCUCUGCCGGCUCCAGGCUCAGGGACCGACCGCGUGGUAGGGGGUGCCGCUUCCGCUUUCGGGGUGGGAAGCGGAGGCAGUGCUUUUAGGAUCCGACGUCCGACUCCCUAUGUAAUCCGUACUCGCUUAGGUUCUGAGAAAAGUCCUCGGCUCGCACGUAAGAUGGGGGGCUUCGUGGGAAAGUGAAAACAGGCCCGUUGGCUUCUCGAAAAUGGGGUGUAGGGAGGAGAUUGGUCCCUCCCCGGAGCUGAGACCCAGGUGCUGGGCCACGUCGCAGACCCUUAGCAGAUGGUUCUUCAGCCUCGGGCGUGCUCUGCGGUCCUUGGCACGGUAACCUCAACUGCGGCAGUACUUGUAUGACCCUUCCCACAUGGCUACCUAGACAAGGGCAAGGUUUGGAGGGGAGGGAUAGUUAUAAGUCAAAUCUUAAUUCGAGUCAGGGUUUUGAAAGUGCUUAAUAGGUUUCAAAACCACGGUAUUUUUUUUCCAGCAAUCAUGUCUAAGGGACCUGCAGUUGGCAUUGAUCUUGGCACCACCUACUCUUGUGUGGGUGUUUUCCAGCACGGAAAAGUGGAGAUAAUUGCAAAUGAUCAGGGCAACCGAACCACCCCAAGCUAUGUCGCUUUUACUGAUACCGAACGAUUGAUUGGUGAUGCCGCAAAGAAUCAAGUUGCAAUGAAUCCCACUAACACAGUUUUCGAUGCCAAACGUCUGAUUGGACGAAGAUUUGAUGAUGCAGUUGUUCAGUCUGAUAUGAAGCAUUGGCCGUUUGUGGUGGUGAAUGAUGCAGGCAGGCCCAAGGUCCAGGUAGAAUAUAAGGGAGAGACCAAAAGUUUCUAUCCAGAGGAGGUGUCGUCUAUGGUUCUGACAAAAAUGAAGGAAAUUGCAGAAGCCUACCUUGGAAAGACUGUUACCAAUGCUGUUGUCACUGUACCAGCCUACUUCAACGACUCUCAGCGUCAGGCUACCAAAGAUGCUGGAACCAUUGCUGGCCUCAAUGUACUGAGAAUCAUCAACGAGCCAACUGCUGCUGCUAUUGCUUAUGGCUUAGACAAAAAAGUUGGUGCUGAAAGAAAUGUGCUGAUUUUUGACUUAGGAGGUGGCACUUUUGAUGUGUCAAUCCUCACUAUUGAAGAUGGAAUCUUUGAGGUCAAAUCUACAGCAGGAGACACCCACUUAGGUGGAGAAGACUUUGACAACAGAAUGGUGAACCAUUUCAUUGCUGAAUUCAAGCGCAAGCAUAAGAAGGACAUCAGCGAGAACAAGAGGGCUGUUCGUCGCCUCCGCACCGCUUGCGAACGUGCAAAGCGCACUCUGUCUUCCAGCACCCAGGCCAGUAUUGAGAUUGAUUCUCUCUAUGAAGGAAUCGACUUCUAUACCUCUAUUACACGAGCCCGAUUUGAAGAAUUGAAUGCUGACCUCUUCCGUGGCACCCUGGACCCUGUGGAGAAAGCCCUUAGGGAUGCCAAGCUAGACAAGUCACAGAUCCAUGACAUUGUCCUGGUGGGUGGUUCUACCCGUAUUCCCAAGAUUCAGAAACUUCUUCAGGAUUUCUUCAAUGGAAAAGAAUUGAAUAAGAGCAUCAACCCUGAUGAGGCUGUUGCUUAUGGUGCAGCUGUCCAGGCAGCCAUCUUAUCUGGAGACAAAUCUGAAAAUGUUCAAGAUUUGCUGCUCUUGGAUGUCACUCCUCUUUCCCUUGGUAUUGAAACUGCUGGUGGAGUCAUGACUGUCCUGAUCAAGCGCAAUACUACCAUUCCUACCAAGCAGACGCAGACCUUUACAACCUAUUCUGACAACCAGCCUGGUGUGCUCAUUCAGGUUUAUGAAGGUGAGCGUGCCAUGACCAAGGAUAACAACCUGCUUGGCAAGUUUGAACUUACAGGCAUACCUCCUGCACCCCGUGGUGUUCCUCAGAUUGAGGUCACUUUUGAUAUUGAUGCCAAUGGUAUCCUAAACGUCUCUGCUGUGGACAAGAGUACUGGAAAAGAGAACAAGAUUACCAUCACUAAUGACAAGGGUAAGUCUGGACACAAAGUGCAUGAUACUGUUAUGCAGUCUUAUAAAAAGUUGGUGCUGGUAAAAAGGGGCCACAGUGGUACUAGAUUCCACUGUCAGGGACAUUUAGCUAAAGUUACUUUCAGGACCUAGUGGAGCCAAAGACAUUGUAGUUCAG